CAUCACUAAAUACAGUUUAUCAGCAAUGUUUACUUUUGAAUUAAGCGAAAUAGACAACUAUGAAAAAAAUCCAAGCUGUUGUUUUACUAUACAUUUACUAAAAAAUGAAAAGUAAAUGACAUAUUACAAAUAAACUACAAAGGCUUUGAGCAUAUACAAAUGGGAUUCUUUACAAAAUGUUGAAAUCAUUUGGGUUCCAAAAUUUUAUCCAAAACAUAUGUAACUGGAGCCAGUUUAAGCCAGAGACAACGUAAGGACCAUAUCUGUAAACAUAAACACCAGUUGAAAUCCUCUUAAAAAGGCUUGGAAUUCUGUUACUUCCUAGUCCUUAAGAGGGAACCCCUCGUUGCCUGCUCCUCACAGGAUCUGAGUUUAGUACAAUUAACAAUUUAAGAAAUUUCUCUUGUUUGCUUACAAUGUAUUGGUUUGAUUGCAAGAUGAGGAAACAGUUUGUUUCGUUUUGGUAAUGAUGUCGACUUUCCGAACUUCCGCUUUUAUUGUGAAGACAAGACGAAUAUACAGGAAGUAGUGUUAUUGUUUCCGGGUUUUGAAGGCUCCUUUUCGCUGAGCGCAGUUACCGUGUUUAGAUGUUCCAGCGUCCAGAAGGAGAAGAGAAAUCCUGGAGAAGUGUUCAGAAUUGGCUUUUCUCUUCCUUCUUUGACUCUUGCAUGUUUGUAAAAUAUCCGAGUUUCAUGACAUUUCAGUAUCUCCUGUGGAGAUGGAACAGCUUUCAGUAAGUAAAGAAGAGGAUUCCCCUGGACAGGAGAGUAGCUCCCAUCUGGGUCAGGUGAAUACCGAGUCUCCACACCUUAAAGAGGAACCAGAGGAAGUACAGAUUAGUCAGCAGUAUCAGUGGCCAGAGAAUGCUGAAAUGAUCAAGGUCCCUGUGAAGAUCGAAGAGGAUGAGGAGAAACCUCAGUCCUCACAGAUUCAUCAGAGAGAGUCUGAACAGAUGGAAACAGGAGCUGAUGAAGAGGACUUUUGGGGACCAGGAGCAGCCAGGUACUUUGAUCCAGAGAGAGAUUCACAGCCAGAGACCGACGUCAAGAGUGAGGACUCCUCUGAGGCUGAGACUGAUGACAGUGCUGAGUGGAAAGAGAUUUCUAGACAUCAGUCUAGUUUGAUCUCAGUCGAAAACAUAAAAGAUAAGAGAACAAGGACUGACAGGACAGGCCCUCUCUGCCCAGAAGGUGGUGAAAUAUUUAACCAGGCAGGUCAUCUUAGAGAGCAUAUGAGAAAUCACACUGGAGAGAAACCAUUUGGGUGCUCUGAGUGUGGUGAAAUAUUUUGCCAACAUCAAGUUACAUAUCAGGACAGACAUCCUCCAGGAGAGAAACCCUUCAACUGCUUUGAAUGUGGUAAAAGAUUUAGCUGUGCGAGUAAUUUGACCAAACACAAGAGAAUUCAUACCGGAGCAAAACCCUUUAGUUGCUUUGAGUGUGGUAAAAGAUUUAGCUGUGUAGGUAAUUUGACUAAACACAGGAGAAUUCAUACAGGAGAAAAACCAUUCAGCUGCUUUGAAUGUGGUCAGAGAUUUAACCAAAAUGGAAAUCUGACCAGACACAUGUUAGUUCACACCAGUCAGGAAGUCAUCAGCUCCACUGAGUGCAGUCAUGAAUUUAACCUGAAAGAUCAAGUGGCCAAACAUCAGAGAACUCACACUGCAGAGAAACCCUUCAGCUGCUCUGAGUGCAGCAAAAAAUUUUCCCAAAAAUGUUAUUUGACCAAACACAAGAGAACUCAUACAGAAAAGAAACCCUUUCACUGCUUUGACUGUGGUCAAAGAUUUAGGCUUAAGACUACUUUGACUAACCACGUUAGAAUACAUACAGGAGAGAAACCCUUUCACUGCUAUGAGUGUGGCAAAGAAUUUAGCCUUAAAAGUACUUUGACCAAACACAGGAUAAUUCAUUCAGGAGAGAAACCCUUUGACUGCUCUGAGUGUGGUCAAAGAUUUACUCAAAGAGUGUCUCUGACAAGACAUAUGCUGAUUCACACUAGACAGAAACCCUUUAGAUGCUUUGAGUGUGGCAAAAGAUUUAACCAACAAAGUUCUCUGACCAGACAUUCAUUACUUCACACUCGGCAGGAGAGAGAAACACUUUAACUGCUCUUACUUUGUUAAAAGGUUCUCUAAAAAGUCUUACCUGGCAUGACAUAGUUUCAAAACCAUUCACAUAUAAUGUUGUUGACCAAUGGUUUACUUGGCUAAAUCAGUUGAUGAUUCACAAGUGCAAUGAAUUCCAGGCAUCAGAAGCAAACAUAGAGGCAGACGAAGUCAGAAACAGGAGCUGAUGAAGAGGACUGUGGAAGAUGAGAACCAACAAGGAAAUUGGCUCCACAACGACAUUUACAACCAGAGAUGAAGUUCAAGACUGAUGACUAUUAAGAUCCUGAGACUCUUAUGAUGAGUGUAAGGAGGCCAGAGAACAUUGGUAAUGUUUAAACUCAGCGCUUAUGAAUAUUCUGCAGUGAUAUGAGAUGGAAGACUGUUGAAACCCCACUCUGAGUCUCACAGAGAAAACUGUAUUAAUGAUUAAAAGCUUCAGUUUUUUAACCUUUACAGCAACAAUACACAUUCCUUGUUUAUUUAUGUAUUUUCUUUUAUAUGGUUCUAACUCAUGAAUGAAAUGUUUCAGUCCAAUUUUCCAAGCCUUGAGAUAAAUUCUAGAUGUGCUGUUCACAUGAACCCAUGGAACAUGGAAAGACUGUUUUUUCUCACACCACAGGGUUGGACACCUUUCAGAUCUGAGAGAUGUUGUAAAUACCUGAUCCUCUAUACCUUGGUUUAGAAAAACCCACCAUAGAAUCACAGAACUGUAGAAAAUGGACAUAUUUCCCAGGGAAUCCUUUACAAAUCAUAGUUAAGUUUUAUAUGUGAAUUGAAAGAUAAAGUUUGAGAAGAGUAUAAAAUACAAUUUAAUUCAAAUGUAAUUUUGGAUGCAAGGUUGCUCUUUUGGACCAGCGUCCAACGGCUAUUGUGAAACAAAACUGUGUUAUCUGCUCUUAAUGUAAUCAUUAAGUUUGAAGUAUAUGGUAAAACAGAGUAGUAACUGUAGUGGUUUAAGCAUUAGUACUGUCUGUAGAGAGUUAUGAUGGCUUGAAUAA